AUGAAAAGCUCACUAAAAUUUUUAAAGAAACUCAUAGCAAUAGAAAAGGAGGUAACAACACCAAAUUCCUUCCAUGGCUGGGGAAAUUCCCCUCAACUUCAACUUCUUUCCACUAAAAACUUAAAUCGGCAUGAAAAGCUCAUUCAAAAUCCAUUCUCAAACGUGCCACUUAUUGUUUGUAACGAAAGUGAAGAUGAAGAGGAAGAAAGGAAUAAUAAUGAAGUAAGGAAAGAAACACAAUCAAAACAAAGAAAUGCUGUUGAUCAACGAGAAGCAGCCAGACUUGCCAAUUGGGCAAAACCUGAGCUUAGCUGUGAAGCUUUAUUAUUUCAAGGGUCUACAACAAAAGAUAUGUCUUUAGAGACAGAAUCACAAUAUUCCUCUGAUCAAAAUAAAUUGAAAAGGGCAGUUUCUACAUUAUUUUCAUCAAACUACUCUCCACAAACUAUUACAUCAAGAAAACAAAGCACCGUUCCAUUAAAAGUCGAAAGCUCCUCCACUAAAUCGGCAAGUGGACUCGAGCCACCAAUUUCUAGGCCUUUGUCCCGGAGAGCUUCGGCGAUGGCAUCUCUUCUAGAUCCAAUAAAUAUUGGAUCAGGAGAGCGAAGGGAGUCUUUUACUUCUACAACACCAAAUUUAGGAAGCCAGACUAGUGGUGAUAAUAUUCAACAAACAACAUUGACACCCCGUUCGAAAUGGAGACAUGCAAUUAGGAAAUUACAAAUGAAUAAACGGGAAGCAGGUCGAAUGCAGGCGAAAAAAAUCGACGCUUGGAGCCGUUGGGCAUUCCCGCUUAGUUAUUUUUCUUUUCAUGCUGCUUAUUGGUAUUAUUAUUUAAGAUUGGCUGCUUAA